AUGACAAUUUCAUCCCCCACCAAAGAAUCAUCCCCAGUCCCUACCCUCGCCCCUUCACACAUUGCACCACCAUCUCCGCGCCGAGCUUUACGAAGAUUACAGUCCGCCCACACAUUAGGUUCAGCAUUUAAUCAACCAUCCUUGAUCGCACAACAACACAAACAAGCUUUACAAAAGAUUAUUCCGCCCGUGCCAAAAGAUGCAACUCAAUCUUCAAAUACAACAACAACAACACGUUCAAGAGCAAGAUCAAAUAGUGAUGUGACGAAUAUGGUCCCGGUUCCCACGUCUAUGGCUAGGCGUCCUACAGCCAACAGAAAUCUUACCGCGUCAGAAAAUAUGUCGUUGGAUCGUUUACUUAGAGAUGGUCCUCCCGAUGGAGAUAUAAUUGGUAGUUUGGAGAGUAUGAGACUGAAGAUAUUGGAUCAAGGUGUGAAGAGUGAUAGUGAUGGGAUGUCCUCUUUGCGCAUCUACAUCUGGUUAAUAUUACUCAAUGCCCCUCCUCUCGAAACUGACGCAUAUCUAUCACUCAUCCACCGUGGCGCAUCUCCUGCAUAUUCCAAGAUCCGAAAUGAUACUUUCCGAACCCUUGCCACCGAUCCUCUAUUUCGACGUCGAGUCAGUGAAGCCAGUUUAAUCCGACUUUUAAAUGCAGUAGCAUGGAAAUUACACGAUGCGAAAGAAGCCCGAGCAGAUUUUCGAAAUAUACAAAAUAGAAAGAUAAUGGAGGCAGCUAUUCGAGGUUCACCUGAGCGAGAUUCACAAUCACCAAAUAUGAGAUCUAGAGCUCGUGCUUUGACUUUAACAACCGAAGGUUCUGAUGUAGGAGCUGGAGAACCGGGUACUUAUGUUCAAGGCAUGAAUGUACUCGCUGCACCAUUUCUCUAUGCUGCUCGUAGCGAAUCCGAAGCAUUUGUUGCUUUUCAUCGCUUCAUAACAACUGAAGUUCCUGGAUAUGUGAGAGGUGCUAUGGAUGGUGUUCACAAGGGACUCGCUUUGGUAGAUAAAGUGCUAGCCAUUGUUGAUCCUAAAUUGAGUCUUUAUUUAAUUGGUAAAGGGAUGAGUGCUGAAAUUUAUGCUUUCCCUUCAGUACUCACUUUAUGCGCAUGUACCCCUCCACUACCUGAGGUACUCCGUCUUUGGGAUUUCUUAUUUGCGUAUGGUGCGCAUCUUAAUAUCCUUUGUAUUGUGGCACAACUUGUCAUUCUAAGGAAUUCAAUCUUGAGUUCUCCUAGUCCUACAAAAAUCCUCCGAUCUUUCCCUCCUUUACAAGCGGAUACGAUUAAAGAAGUUACUCUUACUAUCAUCAAGAAAAUACCAGAUGAUGUUUAUGCGGAGAUUGUUAUGCAUGCUAAAUAA